UAUGGCGGACGCACCGGUACAUAUGAAUAGUUAUGAAUCGUUCCAUCAGAAGUCACCCAACAGCCGUGUUGAUUAUGUUCGCGAGGAAUACAAGCGCUAUAAACGAAAGAAACCUCCACCAGACUUCAGCGAAGUAAUUGAUUUCAGAGAUCCUUCGACAUUUCGUGAUCGUGUUGUAAAAUUCGAACUGAAUACACAGGGGAAGUGCGAUAAAAGUGAUUCGAAUUCCGGACUUCGAUGUGUCAAGGAAUGGCAAGCCUACGAACUUAAAUCAUGCCCCGGGUUUAUUUUUAUAGUAAAUCCGUUUUUACCCGGAGCACAACAUUACUGGACAAGACGAUGUAUUGAAGAUUUUCCACGCAAACCAAAUGUUUGUAACUUGGAUACACAUAUGACCUUAGACCCCAGGGAGUCUGUGUGGGAACUCAGUCAGAGGAAUGAUGCAAAAGACAACUUGAUGGACAAGCUCCGCUGGGUUCACCUUGGGUAUCACUUUGACUAUAACGUUGUCAAUUACAAACCUGAACGGUAUUAUAACUUCCCAUCAGACCUCACAGGCUUGACACAAUGCAUUGCAAGUGCAAUUGGAUACCCUGACUACUACCCUGAGGCUGGCAUUGUCAAUUACUAUCCUCUGGGAGGUUCCAUGGGGGGCCAUACAGAUCACUAUGAGUCUGAUUUGUCGUGGCCUCUGAUCUCAAUGAGUUUUGGACAAACUGCAAUUUUUCUAAUUGGUGGAGCAACAAGAGAUGUAAGACCUGUUGCUUUACAUGUUCGCAGUGGGGAUAUUAUCAUUAUGUCAGGGAAAUCAAGAACCGCCUUCCAUGCAGUUCCGAGGAUCAUUAAAGUGGGAAAGGACAAUGAACCUCCAUGUUGCCUCAAAUGGGAAGAUGGCCUAUUUUCAAGUGACGUCAACAUGAGAAACCCGGAUGAAUUAGGCGUCCCGGAUGAGAGCUCAGUGACCCCGGAUGCUUCAGAUGAUGGCAUAACCAAUACCACUUGUUUCAAUCGGACAGAGCGAAUAGAAAAAUCCUUGCUUAAAGAAUUCGAUGAUGAUAAAAUUAUCAGAGGACUCGAAAAGUUUGGUAUUCACGAGAGAGAGCAUAGUGAAACGGAUGAAGGCUGUCUAUGCAACCAAGCUAAUUUUUGCGCAGAAUCUAUGAAAACUCUUACCUCCGAAGAAUGGAGAAAGUUUGAAAUCUAUCUUUCUAAAACUCGUAUCAAUGUAAAUGUACGCCAAGUGCAUGAAAGUGGAAAAACAGUGAGUUCAUCUUAAUAUGGAAAAUGAAUUGUGGGUCAGUUGGGAUGACUGUUUAAAUAAUAGCCCUGGUCUAAUUCAUUGUUGGCCACAAGGUAAACAAGAGUGCACUUCCGAUCUAUUUGUCUUAUGAAAGUUUUUUCCGAGACGUUUAUUGGUUUAAAACGUAAUUAAAAAUGUAAUAGUGCUUGUCUCCAAAGACCUGUUAUUUUUUUUUUCUUCAUAAAAAAAUAAAGCGAGCUAAGAAUGUUGUUUUUAGCUAAUUUUCUACAGUUGUUUUAAUACGCAAAGGGAUCAAUUAACAGCAAUGUACGAAACUUAAUUCUUAAAAGUGAUGACAAUUAUUUGUAUAGGCUACAUGAACUCCGCUCGCAAUCUUUAGAGGAUAGGAGAUUUAUUACGGAUGUUGUUUUCUUUUAUAAGGUGGUUAAUAAUCAUGUUCGCCUGACCCUUGAUUCUAGGGUUCGGUUCUCUAGGGAUGUUGACAGG